AUGGUAUCCUUAAGUAUGCAUCUUUCUGAAGUACACAAGCUAUGGGACUUAGAGUCCUUGGGAAUCACAGAUCCCACUGAAAGAAAAACAACUAAGGAGCUAGACGAAGAAACCGUAACCUUUUUCAAAGAGACAAUUCAAAAAUCUGGUGACAGGUAUGAAGUAGCACUUCCAUGUCUAACAGGACAUCCUCCCCUGUAUGAGGGAUAUGACCAGGCUGAAGCAAGACUACGUACGGUCACUAAGCGUCUUUUGAAAGACAACAACUAUGAACUGUAUAAAAAUGUUUUGCAGCAAUGGAAGGAUGACAACAUCAUAGAGGAAGUGACGGGAAGCGAAAUAUCAAAUUCUAGAGCUUGUUAUUACCUACCACAUCAUCCUGUUAUAAAAUUGUCAAGCUCUACUACUAAGAUCAGACCGGUCUUUGACGCAUCAUACAAACGUCCGGG